AUGCCGGCGGCGACGCAGGAGGCGGCGCUGCCACGCAGGCUGAAGGGCUCUGUGGGGAACGUCCACCAAGUCCUCGAUGGCGGCUUGGAUCAAUUUUUCUCCUCGCGUGAGGCGGGCGAGGAGGCCUCGCGUCAGUGCCUCUCUUCCCUCUUCGCCCUUGCCUCCUCGCUGCACACGCCACGGCUGCCGUACUACGGCAAGUCGCUGGAGACGAGUCGGGCGCGGCAUGUGACGGUGGAGCAGAUAUGGGGGCAGAUGAACAUGCUACUGCGCCCUGUGCUGCGUCGCCUGCAGGACAACGUGCGGCGGGCGCAGAAGGCCGUGAAGGGUUCCUCCACCCCACAGCAGCGCGGCGCCAAGCGCGGGCAGACGAAGCGGCCACGCGACGACGGCGCUUCCGACGCCGCUGAUGAGGCUAGGGAUGUGCUCUCAACAAGGACGUCGGAGCUCAGUGAGAGCGACUUGGAUGAGGAGAUUGCGGGGCUUCUCGCCGAGCAGCGGCAGCGGCGCAGGCUGGCGCAACCGGCCAGGCAGAGCGACCUCAACGGGGGAGACUCGUGGCGGUACGCCCUCGGAAAGGGCGGCGACGGCGGGGAGGACGACGACGACGGCGACGCCGAUGGCGGCGCUGGGGAGGACGAGGCGGCGGCCAGCGACGACGAAGACGAUGCUCGGCGCGGCGAGGAGGAGCUGGCGGCGCUGAAGGAAAUGUACGGCGACGACUUCGUCCCUGACGCGGAGGACGAGGGCGACGAGGAGGAGGGCGGCGACGACCCGCACUUCGAGGAGGACCGCGUGUGGGACGACCCCACCGCCGCCUUCAGCGAGGGUGACGGGAGGUACUUUGGCGGCGACGACAUCCUCGCCGAGGACGGGGCGCAGCCGCCGCCGCCGCCGCAGGGAGACGCGGAGGACGACGAGGACGACGCGGAGCUGAACGACCCCGGGCUGACGGCGCUGCAGCGGGAGCGGCUGCGGGAGCGGCGCCUGGUGGAGCGGCUGGAGCAGGAGCGGCUGUACAGCACGCAGUGGGCGAUGGGCGGCGAGGUGAGCGGGGGCAACCGCCCGCGCGACGGCCUGCUCGACGAGGAGCUGGACUUUGAACACGCCAUGAAGGCGGUGCCUGUCAUCACGGAGGCAGUGACCGCCAAACUAGAGGACCGCAUCCGCCGCCGCAUCCUUGACGCGAACUACGACGACGUGCAGCGCCGCACUUCCCUUUCGACACCGGGCGACCUGGUCACGACGCGCCGCGAGACGGCGCUAGACUCGGAGAAGUCAAAGCUGUCGCUGAUGGACCUGUACGAGAAGGAGUACCUUGAGCGUGCGCGGGCGGCGGAGGAGGCGAGCGGGGACGCCGCGCAGACCGCGGAGCCGCUGACGGAGAUUGAGAAGGACGAAUUGCGGGCAAUUCAGAUGUGGCGGCGCCUCGCCCAGCACCUGGACGCCCUCAGCAACUUCUACUACACGCCGAAGCCCGUGCAGGAGGAAUUGGCGGCCCGCGUGCGCGCGGUUGACGGGCAGGCCCCCGCCAUCACGUUGGAGACCGUCGGCAACUUCGCCACCACCCGCGAGGCCGCACUCGCGCCGCAGGACCUCUACCGCGGCGCCGACCGCAAGUACGCGGACGUUGGCGGCAACGAAUUGGUGCCGCGCGAGAGGCGGGCGCUGCGCCGUGCAAAGAAGGGGCAGGCGAAGGCGGCAACCGAGCGCAAGGAGAAGCGUGCCGCGCAGGCAAAAAGGCAGAAACAGCGCCCGCAGUAG